AUGGUUCGUUCAUUCAUGGAGAUGGACAGCAUUCAGCCUAACCAGGCUCUCCUGGACGCCAGCGAUCCCACAGAGCGUCAUUUUGCUGCCACACACAAGCGCUCGACGGACGGGGCGUACGUCGUCGAGUAUCCCUUCAAGGAGAAGGCACCGCCUAUUGAUUCGACCUUGCCACAGGCCAUCAAUCGCUUCUUCUCGCUGGAACGCAAAUUUCGUCGGUAUCCAGAAUUGAAGCAGCAGUACGAAGCUUUCCUGGACGACUACUUGCAACGUGGACAUAUGGAACAACUGACCUCGGCUCAGGUUGAGGAGUCCCCAGACACCUGCUUCUAUUUGCCGCACCACGCUGUCAUCAAACUGGACAGUCUGACUACCAAAUGUCAUGUAGUUUUUGAUGGAUCAGGAAAGGACAGCUCUGGAGUAUCGCUCAAUGACAGACUACAUAUUGGUCCACCGAUUCAACGCGAUCUUCUUGGCGUUUGUCUACGCUUCCGGCAGCACCAAUAUGUUUUAUGCGCAGAUGUCGAAAAGAUGUUUCGAGGCAUUAAAAUCUUUAAGCCACACACCAAUUUUCAGCGCAUUGUUUGGCGCAAGACUGAGAAUGAACCUCUGCUUCAUUUUCGCCGGUUGACGGUUACCUACGGAUUAGCACCGUCACCAUUUCUGGCUGUUCGAGUUCUAAAGCAACUUGCCGACGAUCAUGGCCAUGAAUACCCUGCAGCAUCUCACGCUCUUCUGCACGAUGCCUAUGUGGACGAUAUCCCUACAGGCGCCAACACAUUCGAGGAGCUUAUGAUUCUCAAGGACGAGCUUAUAGCCCUCUUGGAUAAGGGAAAAUUCAAGCUACGUCUUCUGAAAUCAUUACCAGAGGAAGAUAGAUGUUUUGAACCUAUCCAGCUCCUCAACAUAUCAGCUGCGGAUUCACCUGUCAAAGUUCUUGGUAUCCAAUGGAACCCUGGGAAGGACGUUCUGUAUCUCAAACUAAAGGGAUGCGAUGCGACCAUUUCUCCGACGAAAAGAGAACUCUUGUCUCAGCUAUCAAGAAUUUACGAUCCGCUUGGACUGGUAGCGCCGGUCACAGUUCUACUCAAGCUAAUCUUCCAAGAAAGCUGGACAAGUGUCCUGCAGUGGGACGACCCCAUUCCUGAAAGUCUACGUACGCGCUGGAGAGCCUUAGUAGAGGAUUUGCCAGCUCUUACGCAAUGCCAAGUACCACGGUAUAUUGCGUCACCAUUUCGAGAUGUUCAACUACACGGAUUUGCCGACGCAUCCUCGCACGCCUACGGUGCGGUAGUUUACUCUCGAGUUGCAGUUGGAUGCAGCUUUCAAGUAACUCUGGUUGCCGCCAAAACACGGGUGGCCCCGAUCAAGCCCGUAUCAAUUCCACGUUUGGAGCUAAACGCUGCCACGAGCUGCUGGACAGAUUCAGAAAUUGUGCUACACUGGCUUUCAGCUCCCCCUCGACGGUGGAACACCUACGUCUGCAACCGAACUUCUGAGAUAUUGAGCGACUUUCCCCGUAGCUGCUGGAACCAUGUUCGCACGGAAGACAAUCCUGCUGAUUGUGCUUCCCGAGGACUCCAUCCGUCAAAGCUUCUGGAGCAUCGACUGUGGUGGAAAGGUCCGUCCUGGCUGGCCACACCCACCUCUGAGUGGCCACCUUCUACAAGCAAGUUCAGCGUAUCUUCAAGUUUCGAUGUCAACACCGAAGAACGAGCCAUAAAGCCCGCGACUCUACAUAACUUUCCUGAUGAAAGUAUACACGAGUUACUCAUCCACAAAUUCUCAACCUGGACGCGUCUUAUAAGGGUAUCUAGCUACUGUCAUCGCUUUAUUCACACUCUUCGAUCUCAUAAUAGGAAUUCGGCACCAUUCCUUACGUCUGAAGAGUUGCUGGACGCACAGCGCCGACUUAUUCGACAUGUGCAACAAAAAUCUUUUGCCAGAGAAUAUGCGCAGCUAGAGAAUCGACGCCAGCUUAACGCUAAAUCGCAUUUUAUCCGGUUUUCUCCGUUUCUGGAUGAUUAUGGAGUAAUGCGAGUCGGUGGGAGAAUCGAGCAAUCUACACUCAACUACAACGCCAAGCACCCGAUUCUGAUACCUAAAGAUACACCACUAGCUGGACUGCUGGUUCGACAUUUUCAUGUCUCCUAUCUGCACACUGGAGUUGAUGCAACGUUCACCAAUCUUCGUCAGCAGUACUGGAUUCUGGGGGCCCGCAAUCUCGCUGGACCGAUCGCAAUCAAGGAAUCAAAAGGAAGAACUCCACGCAUCGGAAAGGCACUUCACAUCGAGGUUGUUAGUGAGCUAAAUACACAGGCUUUCAUCGCAGCCUUUCAACGAUUCAUUGCCCGCCGAGCGAAGCCUACUGACCUGUAUUCGGACAACGGAACUAUAUUUCAUGGAGGCAAGCGAACUUUGGAUGACAUGAGACGUCUGGCCAUUCAACAAGCCAAAGAUGAGGAACUAGCAGGAUUCUUUGCCAAUGAAGGGAUUUCUUGGCACUUUAUACCCCCGUCUGCUCCCCAUUUUGGAGGGAUGUGGGAAGCUGGAGUUCGCUCAAUUAAACUCCAUAUGAAACGGAUACUUGGAUCAAAGGCUUUAACGUUUGAGGAGCUCUCUACUGUUCUGACCCAAACUGAAGCUAUCCUGAAUUCACGCCCGCUGUGCCCAACUGGGGAUAAUUCUUUGGAUCCACUGACGCCUGCUCAUUUUUUGACUGGAUCUCCGUAUACUGCAUUGCCUGAACCCUGUCGACUGGAUAUGCAAGUCAAUCGAUUGGAGAGGUGGAAUCAGCUGCAAGCCAUGGUUCAAGGCUUUUGGAAAAGGUGGCAUAUGGAAUACCUGACAUCUCUUCAUGAGCGGACAAAGUGGCAUCUGGAAACCGAGAAUCUGAAGAUCGACACACUGGUAGUACUCAAGGAGCCCAAUCUACCGCCCUCUAAAUGGAUUCUUGGCCGCAUCACCGCAGUGCACGCAGGAAUCGACGACAAGGUCCGAGUCGUUACAGUGAAGACUGCUCACGGAUUAUACAAACGCCCAAUUGCCAAAAUCGCUGUACUGCCUCUCUGCUGA